UCUGUAGUGUGUGGUUCCGGCAUCUAUAGCGAGUUCUUCAAAUUAGUGGGUGAAUUUUUUCGAUAUUUUGGAAUAAUUCCCAGACAUGGCGUUACCUUGUAAGAAAAAUCGCAUCUUAAAUAUAAUAAUCGUUAUAAUGAUAAUCACUUAUGAAAUAUCAGCUAGACCGGGAAACGAGUGGAGACAGAACAACGCAUGUCAAGACGGAGAUUCUACCAAGCGUGAAAUUUGCCAGAGAUGUGCUAAACAAACCAAAUCCCCCCUGGCGUAUCCUAUGUGCUGUAAUGAAGAAGAUGAAGUCCAUAAAUGGUGUUACCGAUACACCACCUAUGGCAAAGUCGCAUAGGAAUAAUAGCGAUGCUACUUAUUAAUUAAUUAGUGUGAUAGGGCAUUCAAUACGAAGCCACCAACAAUGCAAUUUUCAAAAAAAAAUCUUCUAUUUAGUCGAGGAAUGGUGCGUGUGAACAGAGUUUAAUAUGUGAUAUUGUAAAGUAUAAGUGUAUGUUAAGAAUUGCGUGUAUAUAUAUUGUGUUUAUAUUGGUGAUAUUUAUAAGAUGAAUUCUUACAUUUUAAAUUUGAAAAAAAUUGGAUCAAAAUAUUAUAACGAUAAAACAGCCUUAUGAUCUAAUUUCAACAAGAAACAUUGACUUCACUCUGGAGAAAAAUUGGCAGCAUCAAAUUAUUUUAAUAACAGUUGGUAUUUUUUCUUGAUGGUAACAUUUUAAAUGGUUUUCUCGCAGUGGCGCACCCAGGGGAGGUUUUGGGGGCCAAACCCCCCCAGGACCCUAUUCCGACACUGUUAUUUACAAAUUUUAAGGACUUAAAAUGAUGGAGGUAGCAUAAAAAAAUUUCGGUGCCCAACCAAGCCCCCCCCCCAGAGGACAAUUCUAGGUGCGCUACUGUUUUCUCGUAAUGUUUCCUGUCUUUGGUUUACCGCUGCCAUUAUUUCUAUAUCCUAUUUUUUCGUUCUGUUUAUGGUCCUUUACCUAGUAAAUUAAAAUUAAGAAUUAUUUUAAUUUAUUGCUGUUUGUUUUUAUUGGAGUUUAGUCUAUCCAUUCCUGUUUGUCUAGUGAAAUUUUGUAAUCUAAUAUGGAUCUUCAAGACUUUGGUUUAACUUUGUCACAUUGUUUUGACACCUACAUAUUGUUAAUAAUGAUAUAUAUUUAACUUCAUUGUUCUUGUAACGUCUUGUAACGUCCUUCGAGACUCUUAUAGUAAAGAGAAUGUUUUGCAGGUGAUAAAACUAUCCAUUUUCUUUCAUUAUUUAGGUAUAUGUAUUUUAGAUUAGUGUAUAUUGUUGAUAUUGGAUAAAGAUUUUCAUGUUGUUUGUCUUUAUCUGUAGUAUAUUUUCUUUCACAUCUUCUGACCACUUGUUGUUAUUCCACUUAGUCUGUAAAAUUGGUAAUACGAUAUUUCUCUUUCAAUUCAAAACAAGCAAAAUUCUUAUACAUCUCAAAUAUUUCCAUAGUUACAUUAUACAUAUAUCACCAUAUAUCACAAUGCUAAUAUUUCUUUUCCAUUGGUUUGACUCAUUGUAUAAACUGUUCUAUAAAACAAAAAUUGUAGUACCUAGUGUAGAAUUUUCUUGCUGUGAUCUCAUCUUAAAUAUUUAUUCAAAACUUAAAACAAUUAUUAAAAAUACUAGAACUUUCUGUGGGAAUACAAAAUAGUGUGAACUACAGCAGGCUCAGUCUUGCAUGUACAAUAAUCUACAAUUCUUCGUUCGUUCAGAGCAAAUAUUUAAAUUUUUGUACAUCUUGUACAAAUGAAUACGUCUUUUUUAUACAGUUGAAGGUAAAUUGAAGACAGUAGUUUAGAGCUAAGACAGAUAUAUUCGGAAUGUAUUUUUUUUAAUCCUGUUAAUAAAUUUUGUAGACUAGAAAAAAAGAAUUUGGUGUUUCUCCGUUGUAAAUUUGAUAAUAAUACAUUAAACGAAACUGUCUAUAUAUAUAUAUAUAUAUAUAUAUAUAUAU